AUGUCUGGGGCGGACGGGCUGGGCCCUCAGGGAUCCGAAGGCACUGGGGCCUGCACGGGGGACGUUUCUUCCCUUAAAGAAAUUGAGCAGCUCCUGAACACUGGGCGGCCUUGCAACCACGUUGAUGAAGUAUGGCCUAAUCUCUUCUUAGGAGAUCUAGUAACAGCUCACAACAGAUUUGUUUUGUGGAAGAUGGGUGUCACCCAUGUUUUAAAUGCUGCCCACGGCACCGCGUACAGCCACGGAGGCCAGGACUUCUACGGAGCAACCAUUGAUUACUAUGGUGUACCAGCCCAUGACCUCCCAAGCUUUGAUAUAAGCCAGUUCUUUUUCUCUGCAGCACAGUUUAUCCACAACGCCUUGAACACGCCAGGAGCUAAAAUUCUGGUACAUUGUGCAGUUGGAGUAAGCAGGUCAGCUUCCCUAGUCCUAGCAUAUCUCAUGAUAAAUCACCACCUCCCAUUGGUUGAAGCCAUCAAAACAGUGAAGGAACAUCGAUGGAUUUCACCCAAUCGUGGCUUUCUGAAACAUUUGCAAAAUCUGGAUGUUCAGCUACGGCAAAGGAAGGACGGCUGA